CCCCGUGUGCAGGCGGCUCGAGGCCCCGCCCCUCCUCUCCAGCUGAGCCGGCGUCGAGCGGAGCGCAAUGAGAGGUUGCAAACCGCAGGUGCAGCAGGCGAGGCUCACUGGGAGCGCCUUCUAGCCUCGGCUCCUCUUGCACGCAGGCGGCGUGGCGGGCAUAGGGAGCACCCGGCGGUAGCCACAGCGGGAGUCCCGGCGGCGCUCCCCGCAGCCAGCGAGCCCCGGAGAAGGAGCGCAUCCCCCCCGCCCAGGGGAACCGAAGUGCAUCAUGUCGGUGGCCACCGGGGGCAGCGAGCCGGGAGCCGCCACCGCCGCCGCCACCGGAGGCGGAGGGAACCGGGUCUUUUUCCAGAGCCCUCGCGGCGGCUCGUCCCGGGAGGAUUCGGUCGCCCCGUCAGCAGCGGUGGUGCAAGUCCAGCAGCAGCAGCGGCGCCAUCAGCAGGGCAAAGUGACGGUCAAAUACGAUCGCAAAGAGCUUCGGAAAAGGCUGGUGCUGGAGGAGUGGAUCGUGGAGCAGCUCGGGCAGCUCUACGGCUGCGAGGAAGAAGAGAUGCCAGAUGUAGAAAUUGACAUUGAUGAUCUUCUUGAUGCUGCUAAUGAAGAGGAGCGGGCACUCAAAUUACAAGAAGCGCUUGUAGACUGCUACAAACCCACAGAGGAGUUUAUCAAAGAACUGCUAACUCGGAUAAAAGGAAUGAGGAAACUGAGCCCUCCUCAAAAGAAGAGUAUAUAACUGGGAUGGAGCCCUCUUGAGAGGCAUGGCCAUGAAACUGGGACUCUUGAAUAGAACACCUACCUUCUUGUUUGGUCUUUAUGAGCAAUUUUUUUGGUUGAGUUCUGACAUUUUAAUGAAUUUGACUACUUCUGUUUUUAAGAAUUUUUUUAAGUGUCAUUUUUUUUUACCAUGGAUAUCAACAUUAUGGAUGCUGCUUUUACUACUUGAGGAUGUUCAAAGUAGGUGGGAGAUACCAAAUUAGAGACAACUUAGCUGUCCCAGUCAGUCAUCCUACCUGAUGAAUUGUUUGUAGAACUACUAGGGGAUGCUGUUCUCUUUGCAACCAGUUGGAUCACUUAAGUUGUACACCAGACUCAUGGAUGUUUGAGAUUCUUGUGCUUAUGUACAUUAAGUGAGUGUUACUAUUGCUUCACAUGGGUGGAAGAGAAAUGUGGUCUAGUCAACCAUUUAAAUGGAAGUUGUAGCAGAUGUGGUGUUGGGGUGGGGGAGGGAUGUAACUUGUUAAAGUGAAUGCUGCCACUGUUUCUAAAUGCAUUUAAAACAUUGCGGGUAAAUACUUUAAUUCACAAAGCAACGUAAGAGCAAGCUGGGGAAUUUCAAGGGCUUAAUUUUGUAGGCUUUGAUCUUACUUUAUUGACUUUGAUGCUUAGCCAGAUCAUUUCCUCUUCACCUCAUGGUCUGUUAGGAUGGUAUUAACGUACUGUCUACGUGUCUGAUGGUGACAGUGAGAGAGGGGUCAGUGCCAUUUCAGGGAGGUUCUCAGAAGGGGAACUGCAAGUGCAACCAAAUGAUAUGAUGAUUUAGCCCAGUGCAAUUUCUUGCCCGCCCUCCCUGUGACAAGAAUGGCCAUUUCUCCAACUUUUCCAUUAGACCUGGUGGUGGGAAUGGAUGGGUUGGUUCUUAGUUGUGAAAGCAGGAUCCCUAACUCUUCAGGAAAACAUUCUUCGCUAAAAGGUUUCACAAGCUACCAUCUGCUGAUACCAGAUGCUAGUCUGGCAUUUUAUAUCAAGGGUGCUCUGAACAUAAUUUUAUUUUUUAAAAGAAGAAAUACAUGUUUGUGAACUUCAUGUAUACUGGCAAGCUUUUUAAAAUGUAUUUAAUUUUGUAAUGUUUUAUCGAUGACUUUAUUUACCAGAUAUUUACUCAAAUAAAUGCAACAACUUGUG